AUGGACUACUCCUACCUCAAUUCGUACGACUCCUGCGUGGCGGCCAUGGAGGCGUCCGCCUACGGCGACUUCGGCGCCUGCAGCCAGCCCGGGGGCUUCCAGUACAGCCCGCUCCGGCCCGCCUUCCCCGCCGCCGGGCCGCCCUGCCCCGCGCUCGGCUCCUCCAACUGCGCGCUCGGCGCCCUCCGCGACCACCAGCCCGCGCCCUACUCGGCAGUGCCCUACAAGUUCUUCCCGGAGCCGUCGGGCCUGCACGAGAAGCGGAAGCAGCGGCGCAUCCGCACCACGUUCACCAGCGCGCAGCUCAAGGAGCUGGAGCGCGUCUUCGCGGAGACCCACUACCCCGACAUCUACACGCGGGAGGAGCUGGCGCUCAAGAUCGACCUCACCGAGGCCCGCGUGCAGGUCUGGUUCCAGAACCGCCGGGCCAAGUUCCGGAAGCAGGAGCGCGCGGCCAGCGCCAAGGGCGCGGCGGGCACGGCGGGCGCCAAGAAGGGCGAGGCGCGCUGCUCGUCCGAGGACGACGACUCCAAGGAGUCCACGUGCAGCCCCACGCCCGACAGCACCGCGUCGCUGCCGCCGCCGCCCGCGCCCGGCCUGGCCAGCCCGCGCCUGAGCCCCAGCCCGCUGCCCGCCGCGCUGGGCUCGGGGCCCGGGCCGGGGCCGCAGCCGCUCAAGGGCCCCCUGUGGGCCGGCGUGGCGGGCGGCGGGGGCGGCGGGCCCGGCGCGGGCGCCGCGGAGCUGCUCAAGGCCUGGCAGCCCGCAGAGCCGGGGCCCGGGCCCUUCUCCGGGGUCCUGUCCUCCUUCCACCGCAAGCCUGGCCCCACCCUGAAGACCAACCUCUUCUAG